AUGACUUCCGUCGCACCUACCAAGGCGUGGGCUGACGAGCCCAUGAAGCUCAUCACCACACCGCAGUACGCGACCAAGAAGACGGACAUCUUCACCUCGGGUGCUACCCACAUGGCCCUACUGCACAACUCCAUCUUCCGCGGCUACAACUCCAUCUACCAGCAGGCUGCCCAUGUUGCCGACCAGGACAAGGCCGACUUUAUCGGCUACUGCUUGACCUGGUACCGAUUCGUCAAGUCUCAUCAUGACGACGAAGAGCAGUCGCUGUUCCCCAAGAUCGAGGACCUGUUGCAGGACAAGACUGUCUUUGAGGAAACUCACAAGGAGCAUGAGGCUUUCUUGCCCGGUCUUGCCGAGUUUGAAAAGUACCUUAGUGGCCUCAAGAGCCCUAGCGACUUCUUGGGCGACGAGCUGCUUCGUAUCAUGGGCACCUUCCAGGACUCCUUCUCCGACCACUUUCACAGCGAAAUCUCUACGAUUUCCAAGCUCUCGGAGCAUGCGAACGCCCCCAAGGAGGGAACACCCGAGCACAUGGCGGCGGUCACCACGUUCAAGACUUGGGGUAAGGCGACGGUGACAAAGGCUGGCGUGACGGACUGCGUGCCCUUCUUCCUUCUCAACCUUGACCGCACGGUUGAGGACGGCAUGUGGGCAAACUGGCCACCGAUGCCUGCUCCCAUCAAGUGGGGAUUAGUUAACAUUGCCGGUGCUUUGCAUUCGGGCUGGUGGAAGUUUUCUUCUUGCGAUGCUGCUGGUGAGCCCAAGGAGCUGUGGGCUUUGCGUAAUGUCGAGAAGCUAUGA